GUGUGUGUGUGUGCCUUUAUGUUCUUUGGCCUGAAAAGAACAAUCUCUCUCCCUCUGUCUCCUUUCUCUCUCACUCUCUCCUCCUAUGGUGAGGAUUCCUCUAACCUCAGCCUCCUACCAAGUAGCUCAUCCAUUAUGAAUGAAAACUGACAUCAUUCCCCCAUCAAUAAGCCAGGCUCGGGCUGGGAGAAGCAGAGUCAAAGGGGAUUUGUAAGUGCUCUCCCUCCCACCCUCCAUCCAGUGGCAGAGCUGGUUACACUGCAGAGGGACCCCCCCCCCAACCAGCAUCACUCAUUCUCUCUCUCUGUGUCUCUCCUGUUCGUGUCUCUAUCUGUCUGUCUCUUUUACUUGUGGAAUCCACUCGACCAAGGACACAGUUUCUGCAUGACUGUCACAAAGAUGUCAUGGCGCCCGCAGUAUCGCAGCUCCAAGUUCCGGAACGUUUACGGGAAAGUGGCAAACCGGGAGCACUGCUUUGAUGGCAUCCCCAUCACCAAAAACGUCCACGACAACCAGUUCUGUGCCGUCAACGCCAAGUUCAUCGCUGUAGUGACAGAGAGCGCCGGGGGAGGGGCUUUCCUGGUCAUCCCCCUCAGUCAGACAGGACGAAUCGAUCCGCUUUACCCCAAAGUGUGCGGUCACCAGGGCAAUGUGCUGGACAUCAAGUGGAAUCCGUUUGUGGAGAACGUCGUAGCCUCCUGCUCGGAGGACUCGUCUGUCCGACUAUGGGAAAUCCCGGCGGGGGGGCUGAAGAGGAACAUGACCGAAGCGGUUCUGGAGCUGUACGGACACAGCCGGCGAGUGGGGCUCAUUGAGUGGCACCCAACAACCAACAACAUCCUAUUCAGCGCAGGCUACGAUUACAAGGUGUUGAUCUGGAACCUGGACAUUGGGGAACCUGUCAAGAUGAUAGACUGUCACCGGGAUGUCAUCCUCUGUCUGUCCUUCAACACGGACGGCAGUCUGGUGGCCACCUCCUGUAAGGACAAGAAGCUGAGGGUCAUCGAGCCGCGCUCCGGUCGCAUCCUGCAGGAAGCGAGUUGUAAGAGCCACAAGGUCAAUCGGGUGGUUUUCCUGGGCAAUAUGAAGCGGAUCCUGACGACCGGUGUCUCUCGCUGGAACACACGGCAGAUCGCGCUCUGGGAUCAGGAAGACCUGUCGAUGCCGAUGGUGGAGGAAGAGAUCGAUGGGCUGUCCGGUCUCCUCUUCCCUUUCUACGACAGCGACACUCACAUGUUGUACCUGGCCGGAAAGGGCGAUGGGAACAUCAGAUACUAUGAAAUCAGCAGUGAGAAGCCGUACCUGCAUUACCUCAUGGAGUUUCGCUCCCCUUCUCCACAAAAAGGGAUGGGCGUGAUGCCCAAACACGGGCUGGACGUGUCUGCGUGUGAGGUGUUCAGGGUUUACAAGCUGGUCACGCUCAAGGGCCUCAUCGAACCCAUCUCCAUGAUCGUGCCAAGGAGGUCAGAAACAUACCAGGAGGACAUUUACCCUAUGACAGCGGGAACGGAGCCGGCCCUCACCGCCGACGAGUGGCUGGGCGGCACGAACAGAGAUCCCAUCCUCAUGUCCCUGAAGGAAGGCUACAAAUCCACCAACGUUGCUUUCAAAGCCCCUAAGAGAGACAAGAAGAGCGUGGUGGUGAACGGCAUCGACCUGCUCGAGAAUGUGCCGCCCAGAACGGAAAACGAGCUCCUGCGGAUGUUUUUCCGGCAGCAGGAUGAGAUCCGGAGGCUGAAGGAGGACCUGAGCCACAAGGAGGUGAAGAUCCGGCAGCUGGAGCUCGAGCUGAUGAACCUGAGGAACAGCCCGAAGAGCGUGUGAGCCUGGGGCUCACCAACACCUCCUUAUACCACCUCCACCUCGCCCAACCCCCUUCCCCACCUCCCCUCCCGCUUCACCAGCCCGCUCUAACAAUCAAGACUUGGGGAGGGGGGGGCAUUUUCCAAGCUUCAAGACCCCCGAACACAGGAAACCCCAUAAACCGGAGAAUUCCUUUUCCCUUUUUAUAUAUAAUAUAUAAACCCCUUGUAUUUUUUUCCUCCUGGAUC